CUCAAAUAUGAAUAUUUCGCCGGUGCGGUGCCUCCGUCUUUCAUGGAGCUACCCUGGAUGCGUAUUCCAGGUCUUCGCCAGAGUCAAAGUAGGAUCGGUGGCUCACGCACGCGUGGGGUUCGCCUCAAGGUGCCUAUAAGCAAGAUCAAGCUAACAAGCGCGAGGAAAGAUUCCGCCAAGUGCGCUUCGCUCGUUCCCACCUCUGCUGAGCCUCAUAGACACCGAGGUCGUUGUUUCAUCCCUGGAGGUUGAGGGUCACGCUCGAGUUAUCCAAGACCUGGCGGCCGAUGUGGUUGUUAUUGGGGCCUGUGCAGACAACGAAGAAACGUCGGAUAGCAAGACCUUCACCACUGCCCUCAUGCGCAUCUUGGAGAACCUUGAGAGUCAGUUGACCUUGGGCGAAUUAUUCUUGUGGUCAAGGUUCAUGUGUCGUUCAUCCUUUACCCAAAGCAACCUUAUGUAGUGGUGCUUGCAGCGCAAGAGCGCAACCGCGUCAUCCAGAG